GCUCUAAGCAGUGGCCACAUUCUGACCACAUUUACAACUUGCCAGACAAGGCAGGGUUAGAGAUGUGCAACAUCUACAUUGUCUGCAGGUGGUGAGGAUUCUGUGACACCCAACAGAUUCCCUGCAUCGGCAAAAUGAUUAUCUUCAGGAUUAGAAAAGUUCGUCGUGUCAUCGUUCUACUCUGCAUCACUACUAUCGUUGUGUUUUAUACCGGACAGCUGUCCUCCAAUUCGCUCGUGGACUUUGUUAAAAAUGCCCUUCGGCCUCUGGACAAGAUCCUCUCUCCAAAAUAUUGCGCCUGUCUCAAAUGUAUGAAACAACCAGACGAUGACCUCUGGUUUCAGAAGCGCUUCAACACAUCGUUUCAACCCUUUCUGACCAGAAGGUACAAGACCCUCUCUAACGAUACAAGAAUGUGGUGGCAGAAAUUGCAGAAAGACCGUAACAUAGCCAACUUUAACGAGGUGGUGGAGAAGUUGUUCCAGGUCAUCCCUGAUGCUGACCUUUACAUGGACGCGGGCCCUGAGCGCUGUAGGACCUGUGCUGUGGUGGGGAACUCUGGGAACCUCAAGGGCUCCCACUAUGGAGCCCUCAUCGACUCCAGUGAUGUCAUCAUAAGAAUGAACAAGGCUCGUACCUCUGGCUAUGAGCGGGAUGUUGGCAGCCGCACCACACAUCACAUCAUAUACCCAGAGAGUGCCAUAGAUCUGGACAACACCACUCGUCUCUUGUUUUUCCCUUUCAAGACUCUGGACCUUCAGUGGCUACCCGGUGCCAUUACCACUGGGUCUCACAUCACCUUCUCAUAUUUACGUCUUAGACCGAAGAUAAAGGCCAACAAAGAUUUGGUAUUGGUUCUGAAUCCUGUGUUCAUGAAAUAUGUUCAUGAAGUCUGGCUUGACUAUUACGGCAAAUACCCCUCCACCGGAUUCAUGGCUUUGAUAUUAGCCCUACACAUUUGUGACGAGGUGAAUGUGUAUGGAUUUGGGAAAGACAGAAAUGGGAACUGGCACCACUACUGGGAAACACUAACCAAUAAAAAGCUCAAGACUGGACCACACCCUGGAGACUAUGAGUACAAUGUCACUAGAAAGCUCUCGGAAAUACACAAACUUGAGAUAUAUAAGGGAUGGUGAUAAUCAUUAAUCCAGAUCAUUAACGGGAUUUGCUUCAGUAGUCCCAUUUUUUUUUAUUGACCAAUUUAUUUCUGACUGUUUAGUCUGUCGAGGACUACAUUACAUCUUAGAACACCAUUCAAACUUUAAAAAAAGUUCGGUUUGGAUAAAUUUGCUUUUGAUAACAUUUAUACUUUUAAAACUUUUUGACCUUCUAAAAAAACAAAUCUACUUUUAAAAACAAAUCUACUUUUCAAAUUUCCAAAGCUACCAUUGUUAAAAACUCCCAUGACUUCUAACAUUCUAAUCACAAUAAUGUAACACAAAUCAGCUAAGAUGAGAGCUUUACCAACAAGUAAGAUAAAAACUUAGGCUGCUUCUCUGCUAUUCAAAUCUGGAAACAGAUUUGAAAUAUCUUCCACCAAUCAUACUAUACAGCUCUUUUAAGCCCGGGUUCAGAUACAACAGCCAACAUAAGGAAAGACGAGAAGAGCCGAAACUAGCCAGUUGUAGAAUUUUGUGUUGUGGGUACAAAAUGGUUUUGUUACAGACUAAUGCUAUGUAAAUGCUUGAGUUGAAUACUACUAGUCACUGGUCAUUUUCCACACCCGUCCAGUAACCUCUUUACGUACCACACAGAAGAGUGAUUUAUUAAUUGCUCAUUAUCUUUUGGGCACGAAAGCCUAGCCAUGUGGAAACAUAGAUCCCAAGUCUCCUCUAUUUUAGACAUACAGUGCAUUCAGAAAUGAUUCAGACCCCUUGACUUUUUCCACAGUUUGUUAUGUUACAGUCUUAUUCUAAAAUGGAUUCAAUAGUUUUCCCCCCUCACCGAUCUACACACAAUACCCCAU